AGGCCGAUUUUGAUGUCACCUACCUGCACGAGUGUAGGACUUCCACUCAAAUUCAACUGAGCGAAGAGUCUUGGUCGAACCUGCUGGUCCCUCAUCCGUUCCCAAGAGGUCAUCCAAUUUUUCUGAACUCGGUCUAUAAGUCGGCUUAGAAACGCGUCGCUGUGGCUGGCUAAGACGAGGACAAUGAUGAAAAAGAAGACACGGGCCAUGAUGAUCUUGAAGUGAUCCGUAGCUUACAGAGGCAGCAGUGUGAGGCCAAGAAUUGAUAAUCACGCCAUGUGUACCGUAUUGCCCCUACUGGAUCUAAACCUUCUAGGAAAUGAACAAGGACGCUUCAACGAGAUUAAAGAAAGCCACACAAAGAAGGAAUAAAUACCACCUCUUACUCGUCGUUAAUUUAAAAGUGGAUUAUUGUGACCGAUUUCAAUAAACCCAGCAAUUAAAAAUUGGAAGUUACGAGAAGGAAAAAAAGCGAGAUCUGUCUGGAAGAUUUUGCUUUGGUAAUAUUUGGAAACGUCAUUCAUUCUAUUUCAAUGGAACAGCCAUACUUCAACAGGAUUCUCAACACUCGAAAUCGCUGUAAUCAAAUUGAAAGACACAAUUAUACCAUACGAUCCCACCGUUUCAAAUACGACGAUCAUUUGCAAGCCGUAUACUGCGCCACCCCAAAGGUCGCCAGUACUGCAUGGAAAUUGCUUUUUCUGAGACUUGGGUCUCACAUUGGUGACAUAAGCAUAGACGACUUCCGCAACCUCGAUUACAACGAUAUUCCGAACACUCAUUUUGAGCAAAACGUUGACGAAACUUUGGCUUGGUUCCGCUUACGUAAUUACAUGACGUUUUUCAUCACACGUCAUCCAUUCGAAAGAUUGGUCUCAGCUUUUAAUGACAAACUCACAAGUAAAACUUCUGUGACGCCAUACCGCGAUCGCGUUGGUGUCAUGAUUGCGCGUGAACAGNCUGGUGAAUAUAUGCAAGGGUUAAGAUACGGAACCAAUAUCGCAUAUUUGCCGAACUGGAUGGUUUCCAAAUUACCGGGUAUUGAUAAAAUGAAUGCAACACAGAAGCAACAAGUAAUGGAAUACAUGCGCAUUCUCAGAACCGGGGAAAUAUCCUUCGUUCAGUUUGUCCGGUAUAUUAUAAAAGAAUACAAAGAAGGUCGAGGAGACCAGUUAGACGUGCAUUGGCUGCCACAGGUUAAGCUUUGCCACCCUUGUCAACUUAACUACGACUACAUCAUGCGAUUCGAGACGCUGGCCAAUGAUUCCAGUAGACUACUGGAAUAUCUUCAAUGGGACAGAAAAGAAGACAGCAAAAUUAAACUCUCUGUUCAGAAGUCGGCAACGCAAACCGAAGACACGAAGGUGGCAUUUGGACAAAUCUCGCAAGAUGAAAUUAAAAUCUUAAAGGAAAUUUAUAAGGAAGAUUUUACACUUUUGGGCUACAACCCUGACCUGUAUGAUGUAAAACCAUUGGCAGAAUAAAUUUCGUACGCUACCUCACCAUUGACGACUUCUGCAAUUUAUUUGUGUGUUUACUGCUAUGCAUUUUUACUGCUUUAAAAAUUCGGAAAUUGCACACGCAAAAUUUAUAUUUAGAAAAUUUCACAAAUGCAUUUAGCUUUUUAAAACUUUUAUCAAUAAACAAGGUGUUUAUUUUAUUAUAUUUAAAGCUAUUAAAGCGUCUUUACUAACCGUUUUUUCAAAACAUGAUACGCUUCGUUCAUUGAUGUUUAUUGAUACGUUCGAUUGAGCAACCCAAAUAAAAUACAACCGCAUGUAUGCGCAACACUCUUAUGAGCAACCACCGUGUGUUAUUAUUAUUUUGCGGGAAUGUUUUGAGAUUUUAGAGGGGUUGAUAUUGUUACAGAAAUAUGAGCUCAUCUGACUAUAGUUCCGGUGAAGAUGUUUAUGAGGUGGAAAAAAUUAUUGAUAAUAUUGUUGUAGACGGCAAGAAGACAUUUUACAGAGUAAGAUGGAAAGGUUACGGACCAGAUUCUGAUACUUGGGAACCAAAAGAAAAUUUACUGAGUUGUGAAGAUUUAUUAAACACUUACAUUGCACGUGAAGCGGAAUUAAAGAAAAGUAAAGAAAGCCAUGUUGAACUUCUAUCUGUUGAAUCAACAUCAGAUGAGAACUCUGGUGAUGACAGAAGGUUGCAGAAGAAAAAGACUCAACAAAAAGGAACCACAAGGAGUGGUAGAGGUCGUGGCAGAGGUCGCGGCAGGGGUCGUUCGAAGGGAAUUAUUCGAAAGCAGUUAAC